ACGAGGAGACGAGGAUUCGAGCUCAGAGUGCACGCACGCGCCUCGUGAGCUUCGUUCAUCAGCGUCGUCAUCCGCAUCGCUGUCGCUGUCGGAAUGCUUCGCCGCGUGCAUGAGCGGGCCCUCGUCUCGUCUCGCAGCUGCCGAUGUGAAUUUGAGCGAGCCUUCGACUUCGACUUCGACUUCGAUUUCGAGUUUUCCUGCCGGGUGCGCUGCGCGUUUUGGUCUCUUCCGAGUCGCGUCACGACGUUUGCUGCAGUCUGAGCAUGUCGCAAUCUCGCCACCUCUCUCCCAAAAGCCGGGCUCGAUUUGGGAGUUCGGAGUAGAGAUUGCAACUAAUUGUGCGCAGAGCGAGGAGCAGGAGCAGGAGCAGGAGGAGCAGGCUGUUUCUGAAUAUUCAUUUGGUAGCUAACGUUGCUUGUUUCUUCAACCCCCUAUCGAUGUUUGCUGGGUUUGUUACAGAUUGUAUCAGUAGAUCCUGCAAUCUACGCAGAAUUGUGAUGAUAAAGAGAUCGGAAGGAAGUAAUCGGUUUUAUAUUCGGCACGAAUUAUAAGAGUGGUGGUAACCAUGCCGCGCUGAGGAAGAGAUGGCUGAUAGCGACGCUGGGUUUGUGCUCGAUGAAGCAUCGGGCCUCUACUGUCAUGCCGGUUCAGGAUUCUACCAUGAUCCUAAUGCAGGUUGGUAUUACAACACUCGUGAUGGGGUUUACUAUACCUUCGAAGAUGGAGCUUACAUUCCUAUGUCCUCGACCAAUAUUACGGAAGGUGCGACUUCAGAGUCACAAAGUAGUCCAUCGAAAGAAGUACUUGGAUUGGUGAACUCCAAUGGAACGGAGAAGAUUUUACCGACCGUUGAAGAAACCGGAUCUUGUAAGAGUGAUCCAAAAUUUGACUCGACUUCAAAUGAGGAUUGUGGUAAGGUACAAAAUGAUGAGAAUAUUGACAGUGCACAAUUAGAUCCUGAAACAGGGUUUCCAUUGGCAAACGAAUACCCUCUCUGGUAUUUCGAUACUGUGAGAUCAAUAUAUUGGUAUUUUGACAAGGACUCUUGUGCAUACUACAUGUAUCAUGGAGAGGAUAACUGCUCAGGAACUGUGUCACGGUCCGAUCAAAGUGCAACCGGAACUAUAUGCCCAGAGGAGCAACAUAUUGAGAAAGGGCACAUUCCGUAUGUUACGAGGCCUGAAAGUGUGGAAGGACUUGAGACUCAGCAGCUCAGUCAUGAGGAGGAGAACGGUGAAGAAUAUCAACCCACUUCUGGAUGGGUUGAAGAAGCUCUGAUAGAUCUCUACCUGAAAGGCUAUCCUCAGGAGUCCUCAGUUGAGGACGAUGGACCGUGGAUCACAUCUGCCGAUAUAUUUACAGAGACUACUGAGAACGGUUCAUAUCAUGCCAACGUCGACAUUGUGGGAUCUUCGUUUUAUGAUGGUAGUAGUACCGUGAAGUACGAUGACCAGAUUUGGUCUAGAAAUCAUAACUAUGAUAUGCAAGGGUCGCAAGCGCAUUUCAACGACUCUGACAACGAUGGAAGUGAAGAGUUGGAAGAAGGAGAAUGGGUUCCCGAUGAACCUCUUAGGAUAGUAGAUGGCGAGGAGGGUGAAGCUCGUACACUCCAUACAGAUACUAUGGACAAUGAAGUUUCUCAUGGCAGGUUUCCUUCUCAAACACAAGCUUCAAGUGAUGAGUGUGACAAUCAAUAUGAACAAUCUCAUGGCUCCAAUCAUGAGAACGGAGAAACAGGCCAUUAUGACGAAGCAGAUGACUUGGAUAUGGAGGAAGGUGAAAUAAGCUUGGCAGAUGAGAUAAGCUCGCUAGAUGAACAGAAAAAGGAGGAGGAAAAGUGGCAUGCUCAAUAUGGGCAAGUUGUGAGGGAGAAAUCUCGCGAUUAUAUGAUACCAGGCGCAGUCGAUUUAUGGGACUGGAUAAUUCUUGACAAAGAGUCUAAGGCAUCCAAGCAGGGCAAAUCAAAGAAGCAGCUAGUAGGCAGGAUAGUCUCGUCUGUGACCAGGUUACAUCCUUCACUUAGUGGGAGCAGUGGUCUUAUACGCACAAGUGCCAUCAAAGCCGCAGAGCUUGACUACGUGAAAGUCUCGUCAGGUAAAAUCUACCGUUUACGUCGGCCAAGUAGAAAGCAUGUGGCAUCAGCCGGGAAUUACGAUUCUUCGAAUCCAACCAAAGGCCUGGGAUUUCCUGCCCUUGGACUUGCUGCUUUGGACACUCCGAAUGAGAACGCCACUGGUGAUCUCACUGUUGCACGUGAACCAUCCAAGGGUCGUGCAGAUUCCUUAGUAUCAAAGCCGUUCGUUCCAAACACUGGUCACUGGCGCUUUCAACGCCUUCUUCCUACAAAAAAAGGACGAGGAGUGCCUGCUGCUCUCCUCGCUUCUAAGCAUCUAUCUCCGGAAGAAAUGAUGAUCAAUGAGCAGAGAAAACAGAGAUAUCGAGACCGAGCUGCAGAACGCAGGCACUUGCACGGUGGAUUUGGAGUAGGACCAGGCCAGAGAGGAGUUUCCGUCCUUGAGGAAGAGAGGUUGGAGGCCGAUGAGGCCAUUGGGAUGGUGGGAGCUUUGGAGAAGGCGGCUGUUGCACCUCCGAUAGGCAGAGAGAAUGUGGGAAAGCGGAUGCUGGAAGGCAUGGGCUGGAAGGAGGGACAAACGCUAGGGGUGGAAGGCGGUUUGGUCAACCCGUUACAAGCGCAAGGCAAUGUUGGGCGUGCUGGUCUUGGAUGGGGUUGAAAACUGUGCUUCUCAACAGAGCAUUUAUAGUCCGGGAUUUGACCUUUUCACACAGGAAAAGGAACACGGUCUUUUUGGGUUGACAACUCAAGAUGAACAAACAACGCAGAUGUGUCAAGUUUCCAUUGAGUUUCUUCACAAACGGGUCCUUACUACAGGUCGCUCAUCUAUGGCAUGGCCUGUCCUAAACACGGGAGUUUGAAGGAGAGAAAGUUGUGACUGGUACCCAGGUACUUCAAGUAGGUGUGAGCUACAGAUACCGUCUUUGGCCAAGAUAGUCACCAGCCUCUUCCGCGAUGUCCAACAAUUAGCAACAUUUCUCAGUUAGGAAAUGAUAUUCAUUCUUUAAAACAGAGGUGAAACACACAUUUCCCAAGAAGAGAAUGGUAAGCUUUUAAGAUUACGACCACAGAUAGGAAACUACUGUUGAUCAGAUCACACUUUGGUGAACGCCCUGGCGAUGGGCCCGCGGAUCUGAGUUCAAACAUCGAAAGGGAGAGUUCAACAUUUAUUUUGUGUUGUAUAUACAAGAAAGAAAUGAAGUCUACCGUUGCCAGAUUUUUUUGGUGGUUACCUGCUGCGGUAGAGUGAUAUAGAGGUAAGUUAGAGCAGAGAGAUUUCUGGGCUGUCCAGAAGUCUACAUAAGUACUCUUGCUAUGCCUUCUUGAUGUCCUGGAGGUGCCUUGUAGACUGGCUACUCUGUUAAUGCGACAAAAGCAUUUUUGUACUCGCAAAAGCAGUACGUUUCUUUUCCAUCGAAUGCAGAUUCUAUGCAAUAUGGAGCCUCAGUUUAC